GGAUGCAGGCGGAGAGGCUCCGGUACCGGCAGUGCUGUGCGUGGAUGGCUCGCCGAGCGCCGUCUGCCCCACUGGUUUCCUCUCCCAGCUCAGGGAAGGGCUCGCCAAAUAUUACAAAACAUCCUUUUUCCUUUCGCUCAGACUGUAGGGUGCACUGAGAUACCCUGACGCCGCCUGGCCCUCCCUACUCCCGUCCAUCCCCUUCCUUCCUCCUUGCUCCUUUUCCAGGCAGCUGCUUACGCAAGCAGCUUUCUAAGGAGCCCCGGGACAGGUAGCGGAGAGUGCCGGAGCCGGGACGAGCCUGCACUGGAAAGCUCGGACUCCGAAGGUAAUUUUGAGACCCCUGAAGCAGAAACGCCGGUCUGCUCGCCGCUAAAGGAGCUCUGCGAGCCGCCGCCGGGACCGCCGCAGCCUGAGGCCGGGACCCAAGGGCUCAGCGGGCACGCAGAGCUGGUCGGGGCCGCCUGCAGGGACAGCUCGCGGGGGCAGCACCCCGAAGAUGCGGCGCAGCCAGAGAUUGGAGCCCCUCCAGCCGAUGCGGAGACCGAAGGGGAAAGCGGCCCUGAAGACCCAUCGCUGACACGGCCGCCGGCUGGAGCCCAGCACCCGGCCGCCCUCGGGACUGGGGCUGGCGCUGGCUGCGCCGCAGAGCCGGCCCCGGUGCCCCAUGCGGGCAGAGCCGCCCGUGAGCCGGUGAUGUCGGGAGGGGACCCGGCCGGUGGGGGCGCGGGGCUGGCGGAGCAGGAGGAUGACGGCUUGGUACAGGAGAGCUCGCCCGGUCGGGGCCAGCUCCGAAAGGGAAAACCACCUUCCCCGGGGAGGAAAGGAGAAGAAAGCACGGAGCCUGCUGGAGAGGAGCCCCCGGUGCCCCCAGCUUCCUACCACUUCGACCCCGAGCAGUACGACGAGAACAUGAGCCCCUUUGUGGCAGGGGGCUGCAAGCUGCAGAGCUCCCCUCCGACCCCCCGCCGCCUCCCAUUGCCAGUGAGUGAGCCGGGGGGGGACCUGGCCCCCCAGACCAAAGGGCAGGUCCCGAAAGCUGAGGUUGACAUCACGGAGGGUGGAGAGGGCACGGAGACACGAAGAGCCACACCAAGGAAGGGCAGCAGGAUACCGGCCAGCAAGCUGACACCGAAGAGGCACCGGGAUCCCACGAGGAAGCCUGCUGAGGAUGCAGAAAGGUGUCCGCCGGAGCCACCCCUUCCCCAGGGCCCCCCCAGGGCAGCUGCUGCGCCGUGGGACAGCCCAGACCUCAACCCUUUCAGUGGCAGCUCAGCGCUGCAGCACUCGCCCACGCUCCCCAAAGGCUCUUACCAGUUCGACCCCGAUAACUUUGACUCCAUGGAUCCCUUUAAGCCCACCAAGACCCUCGCCAGCGCCACCGACUGCUGCCCCGCUGCCGACAACAGCCUGAAUGAAAUCCUCGAGUCUCAGACGCUGGAGGUGCCGGAUGAGCUCGCGAAGGGCAGGGACUCCCCGAAGAAGCCCAAGUCGCGCCUGAUAACGAGCGGCUGCAAGGUGAAGAAGUACGAGACGCAGGCGCUGGUGCUGGACGUCUGCACCCAGGAUGAAGGAGCGUUGAUCUCAGAAAUCCCAGAUAUUGCAAAUCGGGAUGGACAUGCCACUGAUGAAGAGAAGCUGGCCUCCACCACCUCUGUGCAGAAACCAGCCGGGCUGGAGAAGAAGGGAGAGCCUGAAGAUGACCUGGAGUACUUUGAGUGCUCGAACGUCCCUGUGCCGGCGGCAAAGCACGGUGUGGAGGCAGGCUUUGAAAAGGAGCUCUCCAAGCAGAUGGACGAGGAUGGGCCUGGUGCCUUCCCCGGCAACCCCGGGCUGUGCUUGACGGACAAAUCCCCCGUGGCCAUCACCAGCGGGAACAGGAGUGAGAGCCCCCUGGAUGGCAUCUGUCUGAGCGCAUCCGAGAAGGCGGCCGUGCUCACACUCAUCAGGGAGGAGGUGAGGCCAGGGAGCGGCCCCGUCCCACUGCCACGGUGGGGGGGGAGUAGGGCAGGCUCUGGGGUCAGGGGCGCACCCGGAGCAUGGCCCCAGAGUCUCGUGUCUGCUGCAUCCCAGAUAAUCACGAAGGAGAUUGAAGCAAACGAGUGGAAGAAGAAAUACGAAGAGAGCCGUCAGGAAGUCUUGGAGAUGAGGAAAAUCGUGGCUGAGUACGAGAAGACCAUUGCCCAGAUGAUAGAGGACGAGCAGAGGACAAACAUGACGUCUCAGAAGAACCUGCAGCAGCUCACCAUGGAAAAGGACCAGGCCCUGGCAGACCUGAACUCAGUGGAGAGGUCCCUGUCGGAUCUCUUCAGGAGAUACGAGAACCUGAAGGGCGUCCUCGAAGGCUUUAAGAAGAAUGAAGAAGCCUUGAAGAAGUGUGCCCAAGAUUAUUUAACCCGGGUCAAGCAAGAAGAGCAGCGGUAUCAGGCUCUGAAGGUCCACGCAGAAGAAAAAUUAGACAAAGCCAACGAGGAGAUCGCCCAGGUGCGCACAAAAGCCAAAGCAGAGAGCGCGGCGCUGCACGCCGGGCUGCGCAAGGAGCAGAUGAAGGUGGAGUCCCUGGAGAGAGCCCUGCAGCAGAAGAACCAGGAGAUUGAGGAGCUGACCAAGAUCUGCGACGAGCUGAUAGCGAAGCUGGGAAGGACAGACUGAGCUCACCGCCCCUCGUCCAGCACUCUGCACUUGGCCGCUUUCCUCGUACCUUCAAGCACUUUGCCUUAUUACCCAGGAGCCCCCCCCAGCAGAGAAGCACACACGUGGCUGCCAGGCCCCGCAGCUCCCCGCUCACCCCAGGAUGGGAGCCCAGGGGCUGGGGGCUUUGCUCGGCCCCCACGGGCGUGCUGCUUCUGGGGGGUCCCUGUGGGAGCCGCCUCGCAGCUGGGAGGUAGCAGCCCGGGCUGCCCCCCUCACCUGGGAGCAGGCCUGGUGGUGCCCCCCACAUGCUGUCAUUUGUUGUCUUCACAUGCUCAACAGCGUGGAUCCGGCCUCAUGGUAGCUCCUGCCCCGGGAUGUGUGUGGUGCUGGGUUCAGAGCCAUCGAGCCCUUGCACUGGGGAGGGGGACCUGGCAUGUGGGUGAGGGGGGCAGCAAAGGGGCCUUGGGGACCCCAGGCACCCACUGCAGCCCCUGGCUGAAGCAGGUUCUCAGUAGGGUGGUUUGGGGGAGGCAGCACUGUUCCAGGGGCUGAUCCUGGCUGCUGGCACAUUGGUGAACCACAGCACAGCACAUCCUGGUCCCUGGCCGUGCCAGCCCCUGGGGAAGGAUUCCUGCAUCGCUGCAUUCGUGCACUUUAUUAGGGUUGCACUCAGCUCUGUAUUGACUUCUCCCAGUUGGGCAUGGUCCUGCCAUGCAUCCCCUUCCCUAGGCGUGGGUAUGGCCGCUCCAUCAGCAGUAACCUCAUCUCCAUGAGAGCCCAGCCAAGGUGGGUGCAGGAGGCUGCUGGAGCCGAGGGUUGUUUGGGAAAUGGGGCAGGUCGUGGCUCUGUGGAGCUGGGACCUGCCUGUGCCCCCGCUGCCCUUCUGCCCUGGCACUUCCCGUGGUGUUAGCAUGGUUUUCUCACCUGCUUUAAAAUAUGCAGAGCCAGGCUUGUGCUGUUGGCUCCACGUGCCGUAGUGAGGUCAGUCCCCCACUUUUGAUGUUGCAGCAGGAAGGAAGCAAGCCCUAAACGUCUGCACAGUUCUGCUGCGUUAGAGCUCCCUUUCCAAUCAGUACAGAAAGGUGAGGAGAAGUGCAGUCAUGCUCUGAGUCUUGCUGCUCUGAGAAACACCCUUGCAGCACUGAAUAUUAAGAGAAUCAAACAAAAGCUAGCCUUUACAAGAAAAGACAGAUCCAGACAGCAGUGAAAUACGCUUUGAAAUCUGUCUGGAUUCAAACCAAAAUCUGAAUGGCCGUGCAGGCAGGCUGCCUGCUGUAUUUCAGAGGUGUUUACAUCUCUGGGCAUGCCAAGCCCCAGGAGAACUGCUGAGGUUGGAGGGUCCUUCGCUCUCACCUUGCGCAGACAGCCCUGAAGUGUCAAACAGGGGAAGUAUUUGCUGUUGGGACUGUUUCCUACCUAGUCUAUCUAAAACCUUAGCAAACCUUUUUGCUGCUACCUUUUUGCAAAAGAAUUAAGCUGUUUUCCCUCUGUUUUCUAAUCCCUGUGUUGAGCAUGCAGUGCAAACAUCUGUUUAAAUCAGAGCCAUACACCUGAUAUAUAUUUUGUUAGUUAUAUUAUGUAUAGAGAGAAUUUAUUACACACUUAAGCAGACGAAGAAGUCGGCAGCCUGCCCUGGCAUGCGCAGGGUCCCCACCUGCUCCCUGAGCUCCCAGUUAGCCCAGUAAAGGGGCUGGAGCAAUGCGGUGAGGAAGCUGAUGGCUGAUGCUGUGUGCACCUGCAGCUCUGUGUUGAACAUUCACCUCUGCACAGCUGACAGAAAGGAAAAAUCCUACUUUUCCCUUUUUCUAUUCUUUUUUUUCUCCUUUUUCUUUUGUUUGGGGAGUCAAAAAGCCAACCACAGCCCACUGGAGCACAACUCCCCUUCCCUCGGUUUCACCAGCACCUGGGUUGUUGCAGCCUAGCACCCUUCUCUUAUUCUCCCACGUGUCCGGCCCAAAGCAGCCUUCCCGGCCCCGGUGCGGGUGGCCCUUCCAUUAGCUGGUGGUUUCGCAUGUGGUGGUGGUGCAGCAAGGAGUGACGCUGUCAUGGGAUGUGCUGCGUGCAGAAGGCUCUGUAUAAUUAGAUUAAAACCCUUGAGACCCAUGGAGUUCCUAGGGAGGCGGGUUCCUCUCGGCAGCCUGUUCAGAAGCGGGAGGGAGCAGGCUGCCAGAGAGCGGAGUUGCACGGACUUUUGGAGCUUGUAAGAAGUUCACAGGGGGCUGGUUUCUGGUGUAGGACACAGGUGGGGUUCAGACAAGCUUGAGGUCCCAGCACGAGAUUUGUUCUGGUUUGUUGUUCUGGACCUUGGAGGUGGCAGGUAGCGACAGGAGGUUUGAUUUCAUCACCCCCAGCGCUUCCCCAGAACCACGACUUGCAUAUGAUGCAGUAAGUGCUCCAGUCUUCUCUCUCCUGCAAAAAGGGGCAAUCUGGGAGGCCAGGCUGUCUGGAGAGCUGCUCCCACGGCAAUAAUCUGACCUGGCAGCACCUUCCCACUCCUCUCCGCUCCCCGGUGUCUCGUGGUCGCACUUUCACUGCCUCUGUCACCUGAGUGCUGUUGCGUUUCUGUGCCUGUCAGCAUGCACUUACGAUCUGGGCAAAGAUUCCUAAGGAAUGAUUUAUUAACUAUAAUAUGGUUAUAGUUACGUAUAUAUAUAUAUAUAAUGGUUAUAGUUCUAUAUAAUAGAAGGUGUGCGUUUGCAACUUUAAAGGGGCGAGACUUGCACCUCGUGUGCUGCUCCCCACGAGGUGCCCGGCAGGAGCCGGCUGUGCUCAGCAGGGUGAGGAGCGCAGAGCUCACUGCGGUGCCCGGCCACGUCCUUGGGCGCACCACGGCACCGUGCCCCGUGUUGGAGCCCAGGAACGCAGCCGGCCCAGGGAACCUUUGCAGAUACCCAUGCGCCGAGAUCCCAGGGUGGCUGUGGUUGUCUUCUCUUCCUUGCGGUAGAAUUUCAAUAUCCCUUUCUGACAGCGGAGGGUGCCUGCCCGCGAGCCCUUAGUGUCGCUGUGUGCCAGUGUGCGUUCACCAGUAGAUCUUGUCUGCAAUAAAGUGCCAACGAGUGCCCACCCCCACUGCAAGCCUGCUUCCACCACAUCCUUCCAGCAUCCCCCCAGAGGCAGGAAGAUUUUCUUUGCGUGACUACUACCAGGAUUGCUUUGUACAAUGUAUGUAACUGCCAUCAACAUAAAUUUUAUAUGUACAAUAAUUUCCCUUUUAUAUGUCAGGUAAAUAUUUGUAAGAGUUAUACUCACACAAAUGAGAUUAUUAUAAUGAUUACUAAUAUAUUUUUUCCAUGUUUCAUUGCCUGAAUAAAAAUUGUGUUUAUCACUCUU